AUGCUGCUUGUCUUUGUGAGAAUUGAAGCAGCCUCGGGAGGAGGAGAAGUUGGUUUCACCUAUAAUGGAUUCAGCCAUGUUGACGUGGGGCUGAACGGCAUAGCCGAGAUCAAUUCCAAUGGCCUCCUCAUCUUGGCCAAUGGCCAGAGACAGCAGCAGGGCCGUGCCUUCUAUGUUAGCCCGAUUCAAUUCCUCGAUCCAUCCUCCUCCUCAUCAUCAGGUGGCUCCACUGCGGAGGCUCUCUCCUUCUCUACCACUUUUGUCUUUGCCAUCAUCCCCCAGUUGUCCGAUUUGAGCGGUCACGGGAUCGCCUUUUUCAUCGCACCCACAAGUGGCCUCCCAUCUACUAAUCUUCCAAGCCAAUAUUUGGGCCUCUUCAACGAAAACAACGUUGGCAAUUCAAACAAUCAUAUAUUCGCAGUCGAGCUCGACACCAUACAGAACCCAGAAUUCAAUGAUAUCAACGACAACCAUGUUGGUAUCGAUAUCAAUGGAUUGGAAUCUGUUGCUUCCGCUCCGGCGUCCUAUUUCGAUAAGAUUAACGGUCGAUUUGUAAAUCUAAGCCUCAUCAGUGGCGAAUCCAUGCAAGUCUGGGUUGAUUACGAUGGUGUACACAAGCAUCUCAACGUCACAUUAGCUCCAUUCAACGUUUCUAAACCGGAUCUUCCCCUCUUGUCUCUGUCUCUCGAUCUUUCUCCGGUCAUAAAUGACUCCAUGUUCGUCGGUUUGUCAUCCUCUACUGGUUCCGUUAAUACAUCCCACUAUGUGUUGGGAUGGAGCUUCAAGCUGAACGGGCGAGCUGAAGAACUCAAUCUCAACCAACUUCCCACGCUACCCGGCCGACAAGUAUCCUACCAUAUUAACUCGAAACAACCGUCUAUUCUGAUUAUCGGGCUUCCUGUAGUUGCCGCUGCUUUAGUAUUGUUGGCUACAAUCUUUGGCAUCCUGAUUAUUGUGAAAAGAAAGAGAAAAUUUGCUUAUGUGCUUGAAGAAUGGGAACUUGGUUAUGGGCCUCAUAGGUUCAAUUAUAAAGAUCUCUACGUGGCCACCAAGGGGUUUAAGCAAGAGGAGCUGCUGGGAACUGGCGGCUUUGGUAGGGUGUAUAGAGGCGUAUUACCCACCUCCAAAAUCGAAGUUGCAGUCAAGAAAAUCUCCCAUGAGUCCAGACAGGGGAUUAGGGAAUUUGUUGCUGAGAUCGUUAGCAUCGGUAAACUACGGCAUCGGAAUCUAGUAACGCUCUUGGGGUAUUGCCGGUGGCGUAAAGGAGAACUCCUUUUGGUUUAUGAAUGCAUGACAAACGGAAGUCUAGACAAGUUCCUAUUCGAUCCAUCUAUGCCGGUGCUGAAUUGGAGUCAGAGGUUUCGAAUCAUUCGAGGUGUAGCAUCUGCUCUGUUUUAUCUACACGAAGAAUGGGAACAGGUUGUGGUUCACAGAGACGUCAAGUCCAGUAAUGUUCUAUUGGAUGGGGAAUUCAAUGCAAGAUUAGGAGAUUUUGGACUUGCGAGAUUGUAUGGCCAUGGAGCUGAACCUCAAACAACACAUGUGGCUGGGACGCUAGGUUUUCUUGCACCCGAACUUUCAAGAACCGGCAAGGCCAACACGAGCACAGACGUGUUUGCAUUCGGGACUUUUAUGUUAGAAGUUGGUUGUGGACGGAGGCCAAUAAAUCCAAGAGCAUCAGCAGAUGAGGAUGUGGUGUUGGUGGAUUGGGUGUUCAAUUGCUGGAGCAGAGGGGCAAUUCUUGACGCAGUGGAUUCAAAAUUGGGAUUGAACUACGAAGAGAAGGAAAUGAAGGUGGUGUUGAGUCUUGGAUUGCUUUGCUCUAAUUGGGUACCCACAGCAAGACCAACAAUGCGACAAGUUAUGCAGUAUUUGGAGGGAGAACUUCCUCUACCAAAUCUUUCAUCAUCUCUUAGUCUCAGUGCUAAUGGCGUAACACCUGUGGUUGCCGAAGGUUUUGAUGAUUUUGUAAUCCCUCUAUCACCGUCCGUUUCAGAAUGGAUACCCUCUGGAGGACGUUGAUUCU